UGGGGGGAAACGCCCAGCUCACCCCGGUCGCCUAGCCGACCGCCCAGCGUCCGCCACCGCCGAAGCAUGCAACACCUCCAGGAAAUGGAGACUCGCCUUGACCAACUCAUCUCGGAAAAUCGCCUGCUUGCCGCUGCCCGCGAUGAAGCUGAAGACAAGCUCCGCAAUGUCAGCGUCGCCCGCCGCAAGAGCGACCAUGCCCUCAACACCCGCGACGCCGACUUGCGCGACCGCGAAGCCGAGGUGGAACAAUUGAAGAGCUCGCUCGAGUGGCUGCAGAAGGAAGUGGCCCGCCUCACGGACGAAAACGAAGGGAUUCUGAUCACAAGCUCCAACCUCACUGCCACUCAUGCGCAGGAGGUCCAUACCAUGCGGGAUACCUUCGAUCGUCAGGUAGACGAAUUGCGUCGGGGAAAUCAACAACUGUCGGCGGAGAUGCACACUCGGGUGCGCGAAGAGGUGGACGCAGCGUUGGCACAAAAGGAUAUGGAACUGCGGCGGCUGCGCGAGGAGCUGGAGACCGCCCGCGACAAAGUGAAGCAACUACAGCAGCAGAUUGCAGCGGCAAUGCAGGACGACGUUCUCGUCUUCCGAGAUGAGGAUUACUUCGAUGCGGCGUGCCAAAAGCUUUGCGGGCAUGUCCAGCAAUGGGUCCUCCGGUUCUCAAAACAUUCCGAUCACCGUCGCUGCCGCAAGCUCGCCGAUCUACAGGACGAGAAGAUUGCCGAUCGGUUUGACAACGCCAUUCUGGAUGGCUCCGAUGUCGACACCUAUCUCGGCGACCGGGUUCGUCGCCGCGAUGUGUUUAUGUCUAUCGUCAUGACCAUGGUCUGGGAGUUCAUCUUCACGCGAUACCUGUUCGGCAUGGAUCGCGAACAACGGCAGAAGCUCAAGUCUCUAGAGAAACAGCUGGCAGACAUCGGUCCGCGCAGCGCCAUUCAUCGGUGGCGAGCCACUACCCUGACGCUGCUAUCAAAGCGGCCAACUUUCUCGAAGCAGCGUGAGAGCGACACCGAAGCGGUCGCGUUGGAGAUCUUCGGCACUCUAUCGCGGCUCCUCCCGCCCCCGAGCAAUGUCGAGGCCCAGCUGCUGGACUCCCUGCGUAAGGUGCUGCGGGUUGCGGUCCACCUGUCCAUUGAGAUGCGCACUCAGCUGGCGGAGUACAUCAUGCUUCCGCCAUUGCAACCCGAGUAUGACACCAAUGGCGACCUGUCGCGACAGGUGUACUUCAAUGCCUCGUUGAUGAACGAGCGCAGUGGCGAAACGACGUCGAACGAAGAACUGGAAACCCAGCAGGCGGUGGUGCGGGUUGUCCUGUUCCCCCUGGUGGUGAAGAAGGGCAAUGACCGGGGCGAGGGCGAAGACGAGGUGGUCGUUUGCCCGGCGCAGGUCCUCAUUGCCCGGCCCAACAAGGACAAGAAGCUGGUCAAAAUGCUCAGCGGCGAUCGCAUGUCUCUGGAUACGGCGCGAUCGGUUCACAGCGUCGCUCCAUCGUCGACCAUGGAUAUGAGUAAUGUGGUCUGAGGCGUCACACUCGGGCCACCGUACUCUGAAGAUCUGUGGAAGCAAGUGACCACUGAAGUCCGGGGUGUUGUCUUGAUUUCUUUUUCUGUCUCAUUGGCAAAAAAGUACUUGGCGUCCGGGGGAUGGGGAUGGAUGCGAAAGGAUAAUGAAUUAAUGUUUUGGAUGGUUGCUUGGAGCGUUGCUAUGAUUUGCGUUCUCAUAUAUCCCCAAUUUUUGUUUUUGUUUCUCUUCUGUUUUUAUUUCUUUUCUUCUGUUUCACAUUGACGACGUCCAUGAUGAUGCCUGAUAUCUACUCU